AUGGGGAAAUGUUGGCUUGGAUUAAGAAUGAGUGAUUCUCAAAGGAAGGUGGGAAAGAAGAAGGAUAAGAAGUCCUAUGUGGAGUCAGAUUCUAUCAAAGUUGAUCUAGAAAAUGACACCUCAAUGAAUAUGGAUGUGGAAGAUGAUGAAGUUCACUCUGUGGAGGUAGAUGAUACAAACGAUAGUGAUGAUAACAAAUCAGGAGUAAAGAGACAACGAAAGGAAAGAUCUAUUGUGUGGCAAUACUUCACUAAACUUAAAAAGAAAGCAGUCGGUGGAAAAGUUCCAAGCAAGUGCAACAAAUGUAAUCAUGUUAUCAUAUAUGAUAGCAAGCAAGAAGACGAGUAUAUGAGAAACAUGGCUGACUUGAUGAUGACAAAGUUUCAGAAAUAUUGGUCUGAUUUUAGUCUUACUUUAGCCAUAGUUGUGGUGUUGGAUCCUAGAUACAAAUUGCACUUUAUCGAGUGGAGUUAUUCACAAGUUUAUGGACGUGAUAGCAAGGAAUAUGAAUAUGUUGAUGAGGUUUUGCACUCUACUUUUCAUGAAUAUGUCGAGUUAAAUAUGGAUGGUGGUUCUUCUACAACUUCAAAUGUCGCAAGUACUUCAGAUGCUAGCAAAGGAGUUGAGGAAACGGGAGAUGAUGAUUCAACAAGUGUCUUUGGAGUUAGAGCUAGACUUAAGGAUUUUGAUCAGUUUCAAAGUAAAGAUUUUCUAGCUAACAAAAAAACAGAUUGCAAUUGUAUUUGGAUGAGUCAAGAGUUGAUAGGAACUCGAACUUAG